AUGAGAAAGACGGGUUACCUCAUUCCAGAGGCGACGCUCCGUGGGCUCAAUGGGAUGCGAUUCUACAUGUACAUACGUUAUCGAGAAUCUUCCGACUGCCUGCGGUAUAUGAUGAACGGCACUACCAUGAUCAAACUGCGGCCAAACGGAAGGCAGUACCACCGACACUUCACUCUCUCUGAAGACCUUACAUACAUUACCUGGGAACCAACAAACAAGAAAAUCGUCAAAGCACGAUUGGACGUAGACAGUAUCCGAGAAAUACGUCACGGCCGCUCCACUGAUGUUCAGCUUGACAGGACCUUACACGACCCAAUCACUGAAGACUGCGCCUUUUCCAUUAUGUACGGUGACAACUUCGAGUCCCUAGACUUCCUAGCUUCCUCGGCAGUGGAAGCAAACAUCUGGAUAGUGGGACUCACCGCCUUGAUGGGGCUCCAGAAAGACCCGUUGGAGGAGAAAGAGAAGAUGCGAGAACGCUGGCUGCAGAAGAGCUUCGAGAAGGCUGUAGCGGCUGUCCCGGAGUCUGAGGACGGCACUCUGGACCAGCAGCAGGUGGUGACGCUGGUGCAGAGAGUCUCGGGCCGCGCCUUCAGCAGCGACCAUGUCCUGCAGAAACUUGCCGAAUAUGACGACAUGAACAACCCUGGAAAGAGGGGACAACUUGACUGCAGAGGAUUCGUUGAAAUAUAUAAGGAAAUUACUGCCAGACCGGAUAUUUACGCCCUCAUGUAUAAGUUCGCACGCAGAGACUUUUUCACGGCUUAUGACCUGCUCUUCUUCUUGGCAGGCGAACAGGGACUGAAAGACGUAACAGUGGAGAGAUGUAUGGAGCUCAUCAACAACUAUGAGACUACAGAAGAAGGUCGCAACAAUAAGUACCUGACAGUCGAUGGUCUCGCAAGAUAUUUGACAUCGAAAGAAUGCGACGUGUUUGCUCCAUCACAUGCCGUUUUAUGGCAGGACAUGUCAAAACCGAUUACUGACUACUGCGUUUCCAGCUGCCAGAAUUCGUUCCUUUCAGAGGGUCAGCUGAGAGGGGAUACGGGCGUAGAGGGAAUCAUCCGAGCGCUCGGCAGUGGCUGCCGAUGUGUCAGAAUUGACUGUUGGAAUACUUCACUAGAACAGACUGCCAGUCCAGAAAAUUAUGAAGAAACGAAGGUUCUCUUCCAAGAUUGUUUGCAAGUCUUCAGAGAGUUUGGUUUUCUCUCAACACCAUAUCCAUUGUUUGUCCACUUACAAAAUCACUGUGACAUAAAUGAGCAGAGAAAACUAGCAUCUGCGAUUAGAGAUGUGUUACGUGAUGCAUUGUAUGUGCAUCCAGAAGACAACCAAACAGAUAUUUGUGAAAUGACUCUCGAAGAUCUGCGAGGAAAAGUAGUGCUUAUGGGACACAAGUUGCCACCAGACUGCAAAGAGGACGUGGGAGAAGUCCAUGAUGAGCUCCUCGAUGAUGAUGGUGCAGCAAUAGGUGGAGAAACUCAUCUUCUUUGUAGGGAGUUAUCAGAUGUAAUAUCACUUGGAAGCAUACAGGUGAAUGAAUCUCGCUCUGCAGUGUCCAGUGAAGUGGAAGUUGUUUCUAAAACAUUCACUGGGAACAUGACAUCCACUUACCUAGAACCAUUCUUAAAUGAAUAUAAAAGGUACUUCACUAAGAUUAUCUUCAGUGAUUCAAAAAAUGUGCCUAAAAACAACAAACCAUUGGAUACUUGGAGCUCUGGCUGUCAAAUGGUGGCCUUAAACUACCAUGGCUCUGGCCAUUUGAUGGACAUAAAUGACGGACGAUUUCGUGAAAAUGGGGGAUGUGGAUAUGUUUUAAAGCCAGAAAUCAUGCGAGAUCACUUCACUUUAUAUAAAUCUGCUAUGAAAGACUGGAUACCUGGAGUGAAACCUCAAAUUAUAAGUGCACAACAUUUACCAAGGCCUCGAAGAUCUUCAGCGAAGGGUGAUGUUAUAGAUCCAUAUGUCAUCGUUCAAGUACACGGAACGCCAUCAGACUGUGCUUUAAAGAGGACUAAAACUCUUACAAAUGAAGGUGAAUCUCCAGUAUUUGAAGAAAGUUUUACUUUUUACUUGGCUCUGCCAGAAGCAGCACUAGUGAGAUUUAUAGUUCUUGAUGAUGAGUUCAUUGGUGAUGAUUUUAUUGGACAAUAUACAGUUCCUUUUACAUGUUUACGACCAGGGUAUCGUCAUAUUCGUUUGAUGGCCUCAAAUGGGGAACUGAUACCAAAUGCACUCCUGUUUGUCCACAUCUCAGUGACUUAUAAAAGAUGUUUUAGGGAGGGUGAAAAACCAACAAAAAAUGGAUGUUGUGGCUGCAGAGACAAGCAUUUUAAACUGUCUGUCACAAAGUGGCCACCAGGGAGAGCAGUGAAGGAAAUGAAGAAAAGAGUACGAUAUGCCAGAGCUCUUGCCACCAUACUGAAGUUUGGAAUAAAAAACUUGGAUGACAUAUUCAAGGAUGUAAUUCCAGAUAUGGAAGAUGCUCUGCGGCUACGCACUGAAGCAGAGAUGGCCAUGGACGAGUUACGCUAUGAAUGUGGUGUAGAUGAAACAGCAAAUAUGAGUCACUGUUUGAAAGUACUGUUACAACGAUAUGAAGCAACACCACAAAUAACUAAUGUGUCAAUUACAUCUCAGAAUGGGAUACAAAUGGUGAGAGUUCAAGGGUCGGACAUACCAGAAUUUGUUGACCGAAGUCUGGUAAUUUUGGAGAAGGCACUUAAAAGUUCACAGUACAUUUUAGAGCAUAGUGAUAACCUGGUAGCUGAACUUGAGAGGAAAUUGGACGUCAUUCAAGUAGAUUAUGAGGAUUUCCCACAGUUAGCAGUGUCGGUUGGUGCCACAGGAAAGAGACUAAAUACUUUUGUGGAAUAUUUUGUUGUGAAUGUGCGGAGACUGAAGGGGCAAAUUGACCUACUAAAGACAUGUAAAGAAGACUCCCAACUCUUUUUAACACAGAUUGCUGAUGCUGCAGUUGUCUUGGAGAGAUUAAACAUUGGGAAAAAGCAACUGCAUACUUCAACUAAUGUUUCCAAAGUGAAAUUAAACAAGAAUUUAUCUGUGGAAAAACAGUCCUCAAAGCUACAUUCAGAUUCCAGUAUUGCAUCUACUGCACAACCUAGCGCAUCAGGAUCUUCAUCUGGUGAAAUAAAAUUAAAGAGUAUUUUGAAGAGACCAACUGAUAACAAUCAACAUGAAAGUGCGGACUGUGAAGAGGCAUACUUUGGUAACAAUGUAACAACGAACAGUGAUACAGGGACAUGGAUGUAGAGAUGUGUUACCUCUGUAUAGAUGGUCUAUUAAUUCAAAGUAAUGAAAUCGUUGCCAAAGGAAGGAGAUAAACAAUUCUGUGUUUCUCUCCUGUCAUAGGUGUGUGUGUGUGUGUGUGUGUGUGUGUGUGUGUGUGUGUGUGUGUAGUGAAUUACACUAAUUUUUCCACAGUGUUUGGUGUUCAUUCAAGAAUUUCUAGGAUAAUGUGUGUAUGUAAGGAUUACUAUAUUAUUAAAAACAUGUAAAAUAUUAUUAAGGCACAGUAAACUGAGCUGAGCUUCUUGCAUGCUUUUGUUAUUGUAUGAGAGACAGAACUCAAUUAAUAUGAAUGCAAAAUAUAAGGCCAUAAGUGAAAUGCCUUGUGUACAUGUGCAAUUCAUGCUGAUGUUGAAAUUAUAAAUUUAUUUUUGUUUUUUUAUUUUUAUAUGGUGCCAAACUAUUUUACGAACUUGAAAGUUACAGGUACAUUAAUAAAUACAGUGUACCUUGUUUCAUCAGCUGCAUAUUAAAAUUAUUUGUAAUGGCAUAAAAACACUUCUGUGCACAUACAUUACACCUUGCAUAGCUCUUGCCUUGUAGAAUAUUAUCUACUGCUUCUAAAAGAACAGCAAUUGCAUACUGCAGACAUUUAUGAAACUAGGAGUAAGCUAGCUAUUUCUCACUUAUUGUACCACAACCUUCUCAUAUCAGUUAAUCACCAGUACACAAAAGAAUUGUGCAAAAGUUGACAUAUGCUUCAGAUAGAUUAUAAAUUAUUUAUGUUCAGAAUAAAUAACAAUAACAUGUUUAAUUUUACUGUGACUAAAAGUCUGACAAUGCGAGCUGCAGCUAAGAAAUUUAAAAAGGUUAAUAACAUUCUACUUAUUGUUAGAGAGUUAAAGCAGUGAGGUGUUAUUGGGAAAGGCAAUAAACAAUGUAUAAGUCCCUGGUUUUGAUAAACAGAAAAUGUGAAUUUUUAGUACGUAAAAAAUUGAGUUGAAAAUAAAAAUGAAUAUUUCUUUCAACAUUUCAGGGAAAUCUGAAUCAUGGUAAGACCAAGUCAAUUAUUUAUAGAUUUUGGAUCCAGUAACAGACUAAUAACCUGAAAGAAAUAAUAGGUUGUCAGAUGUUUACAGGAAUGUUCAGUCACUGUAGACGUAUGCAUUGUCAGAAAUUUCAGUUUUUUUCUCCACUCCAAAGAAUUAUUCUCCAUUCCCAGACUCCAACAAAUAAAUAUUUGUUUCUAACACUUUUACUCAUUUUACUGCUCUUUUAGGGAUUCUCAGUGAAAUAUCCUGAAUAUUUAGUGAAAUAUCAAAUAUUUUCAUUUGAGAAUAAGAUUUUAAAUUUUAUAACCUAUCUUUCUUAACCUUACUUAAAAUAAUAACAAAAUGAUGAGCUUCCAGAACAGUAUUUUCAUAUGUACAUAUUUUAAUGAUCUUUAAAUGAUGUUAUGUGAUUGCACAUCUAUAAACAGCAUAGCAGAAGGAAGUCUUUCUUGUGUAGAAGCAGCAUGGGACUAUUUUAGCUGUUUUAUUUGUGUUCUUUCCUGGAUAUUAAAGUUUAGAACAUUUUAGUUUCAUUCUUAUAGUUAACAGUUAGUAUGUUCACGAAACAGACCAAAAAGAAAUGAAAAUAUUGGCUGUGGAAUAGUGAGACUUUAUUAAGCAACUAAUACAUAUCUACUUAGCUUCUAACAAUGUUCUGUUAUAGUGGAAAUUGAGUGAAAAUAAGUAUAAACUGAUAUUUUACACAUACCUGUGUUCACUAUUUGUGGAAUCAAUGUUGUUAAUUUGUUGGUUGUUAC